AUGAAGGGUCCUGACUCUCCCCGCUAUGAAUUUGGUGGCCCUCUCGGCGCUACCGGUAUUGUUUUCGGUCUUCCGGUUCUUAUGCAAGUCCUUUAUCUAGGCUGCAAUGACGUAUCAGGAUGUCCCGCACCUGCUCUUCUCGAUCCUAAGACUCUAAGCUGGGCUAAGCUCAAGUCUCAAAUUCCAUGGCCUGAAGAGGGCCUUGCGGGUUUCAUGAGCUGGGAAGUCACUGGCUGGCUUUUCGCUUAUUACUUCCUGAGUCUUGUGCUUUAUCGCAUCAUGCCUGCUCAAAUUGCUCUUGGUACAAAGUUGCGUGAGUCUGGAAAGCCUCUUGAGUAUCGAUUUAACGCAUUCUCCGCUACCGUCGUCCAGUUGACUGGUUGCGCCAUCGGAACAUACAUGUAUGGCGCCGACUUCCCAGUCUGGACAUGGAUAACCGACCACUACAUCCAACUCCUCACAACAAGCACCGUUCUAACCUACAUAAUUUCUUCCUGGGUCUACAUCCGCAGCUUCUCUGUCAAGCCCAACAACCCCGAACUGCGUGAACUUGCAGUCGGUGGCCACACAGGCCGUAUCAUCUACGAUUUCUUCAUCGGUCGAGAGCUCAACCCUCGUAUCACUCUUCCCAUCUUUGGCGAGAUUGAUAUCAAGGCUUGGUUGGAGAUGAGACCCGGUCUUACUGGUUGGAUCUUGCUCAACUGCUCAUUCAUCGCGAAACAAUAUCGCACGUAUGGCUUUGUCUCAGACAGUAUUCUUGUCAUUGCCCUGAUCCAGGCAUACUAUGUUCUUGAGGGUCAGUAUUCUGAGGCUGGACUUUUGGGAAUGAUGGAUAUUACUACCGAUGGACUGGGCUUUAUGCUUACCUGGGGUGACAUUGUCUGGGUUCCUUUCCUUUACUCUACACAAUGUCGCUAUCUGUCUGUCUACCCCGUCCACCUGGGUCCUUAUGGUGUCGGAGCGAUUGGCACCGUCUUCGCUAUCGGUCUUUACAUCUUCCGCUCGUCGAACAACCAAAAGGCGCUCUUCCGUAAGGAUCCCAACAACCCAGCUUUUGCUAACGCAACAUUCAUCCAAACCAAGCGCGGCACAAAGCUUCUCACCAGCGGCUGGUGGGGCAUGGCUCGUCACAUCAACUACUUUGGCGACUGGAUCCAGUCUCUACCCUUUUGCUUACCUACCAAGGCUGCUGGAUAUGUGAUUCUUCCUGCCGGUACGGCUGUUGUCGGGGCUGAAGUUGCGAAGAUGCUUGAUGGUCGUUUGGUCACACCUGGUGAUGCUGCACCUUGGGGAAUGCUGUUUACAUAUCUGUAUUCUGCAUGGUUUGGAUUCUUACUCAUUCAUCGUGAGGGACGGGACGAUUAUGCCUGCUCCGAGAAGUAUGGAGAAGAUUGGGAGGUGUAUAAGAAGACGGUCAGGUGGAGACUAAUUCCUGGUAUCUACUAA